AUGAGUUGUAUCUGUGGAAAUGACUCUCGCUCUCCCACACCGGAUGAGGCACGCCGGUUACUACAGGAAGAACGAGACGAGCGGGAGGAACGAGGACAGCAAGAGAACCGAAGACGGCGAAGAGAGCAAGAGGGAACGCCUGCGCCAAACGGAAACGGUACUCCUGACCCUGAUCGACCCCACCCACAGCCUGCUGACGAUGAACUUGGGCCUGCUCCACCUGCGCCUGCGCCUGUAGUCCAGGAGGGGCGUGAUCCUAUCCGUGAUCGCAAAUGGCUACAAGAUCGCGGAACCCAAGUGGUGGAAUGGAUUGAUAAUCCCGAUUCUCCAGACUGUUUUGUAAACGAUUCCUUCCUGACCCUUCAACAACUCUCAGAAUAUCCAGAUGCAGCUUUUUCUAGCGUCGGACCCCCAGAUGAUGCAUAUGCGACCUACUUCGCUUGGGCCACUGAGCCGGCUGAAUGGAUGCAUUGGGUUAUUUGGUUUGGGAUGGAUAGCUGGAGCGGCAUGACUGCUAAUGGAGUGAUUGUCAUGGGAAGUAUUAGCCGCACAGAAAACUCGGACCAUCCUUUUACUUCAGAUAUUGCUUUAGCGCUUUAUGCAAAUCAAUUUGAGUCUACGGAUUCUCUUCGGCAUAUAUUGUUUGAUGGGGUUGUUAAUGCUCAGACUAGGAGUCUUGUCGCUCAGCAUUUGUACCGUGACGAAGAUCAGCUUGGUGAAGAUAUUCGUCAGUGGGAGCAUGGUUCACAGGAGUAUUUCGAGCUUAUGGGAACUCGCAUUGGACGCGUCGCUGCGUAUACUGUUCUUAGUGCCUUCCCGCGUGGAAGUCAUCGUAUUAGUAGGAUUGUUACCGACUUUGAACCUGGUGCUCUUUCUGUUGAUAUACGCUUUGAUAUUGAGGCUGUCUCAAAUUACUAUGAUACUGGGCCUGUUAGUCCACUGCCGGUGGAUACUAGUAUCUGA